AAGAAAGUCUCAGCGAACUUUGUAACAUCACAUCACAGUUGAAUGAGGAGGAAAUGGACAAAUUGGUUGUCCAUCUCAAAGUCGACAAAGCCGACAGAUCAAUUGGGCGAGGAGCAACGGAACCAUGCGUCAAUUUGAAGGUGAUAACGAUGUGGAGGAAUCGGUUUAGGACAGAGCCCUUUCACUACAGACUCAAGUUAGCUGUUGGCCUCAAAGCAAUUCAGAAAACAGAGAUUGCUUAUGAUGUUCUGGCCGGUAAAAAAGAGACAUCGAAGGUCAACCCCGAUGUCGUAGAACGUAUUUUCAACAGUUUUGAUCACGACAGACUGAACAGACUCUGUAAGGAAAUUGGACGGUACAAACUUGUAGAAGAGAGCCGCAUCAAAGCAACACAAGGCGUGAAGUUAUGGGUAGAAGACUGGCUUGAAAAAUUCGACAAAACCCCUGCGCGGCCAACAGCAACCAACUUGCCCAAAGACAAGUUCACCUCUCGAAGACUUAAGAAUGACGAAAUAUUCAGGGCCGGAUUUUUCGAACUUGCUGAAGAAAUCAUGCUAGUCGAGUAUCCCAGAUUCCCAUCUGCUUAGUUUACAAUUGCAUUUCACGGGCUGCCUUAUAACUAAAUCGCUCUCUUAUAUUACCAAAACAUAAAGAGAAUGUUCAUCAUAAUUAUGUCAAAUAAUACAUUUGAUAGUAUGACCAAUUCAGGAUCUGAUAUGGUGGCACCCUUAGUUGUACAUUUUUGUGCUCAUGUAUUUUUACUUAUUUUAACUGGAUUUCGUGUACAUCAAAUAAUGUUUACACCAUCGUGGAAGAGCAAUGGCUUAGUGGUAGAGCAUUGGUCCUAUAUCCUGGAGAUCCCGGGUUUCGAAACCAAGAUAAAUUUGUGCACAGUUUUUUCUCCUAAUGUAGUCUCUCUCUCUGUCAGUCAAAUUCUUUAUCCAGUUGUAUGUUUGAUGCCAUCAUAUCUAAAUGUUUUAUUCCAAAACCUAUAACUUUCAAAAGAUGCAUUCUAUAUUAUGUAGCAUUAUUAUGAUUUGAGCAUGUCCAUUGUUGGUAACAUUGUAUAGUUCGAUCCACAUUACUAGGUUCAAACCCUUACGCGUUUUUUUUUAUAUAUUUUAGUUUGUAUAGUUCACCAUUUUCCCUUUUC